CCGCUCGGUCCCUCCUCCUUCGUCUUCCUCUUGACCACUUGACCGCUCUUUCUCCCGUGGCCAUGUGCUAGGGUUUAGUCUUGUAGUACUAGACACAGGGUUUAGGAUCCGGGAGGAGCCCGGCUCCCCUCCCAAACCGCUCUCAUGUCGUCUUCCUCCCGAGUAAGGGUUGGGACUUUGGUUCCCUUCGUUGAAGGCAAAUCUGGGUCACCGAAUGCGUCGUCGCUGCCAAUGCCAAGCAUUCCCAUCUUCAAGGGCUCCAAUGUCGUUGGGAGGAGUAAUUUGGUGGCUGUUGACAAGAGAGUCAGCCGCAAGCAUUUGAGCCUGCGCGCCUUGCCUGAUGGCUCCCUCGAAGUCGUCGUGGAGGGGACAAAUCCCAUUGUUGUCCAAUCAGAGGGUCAGAGAAGAAAAGUUUGUGCUCAGCAGAGAGCCAAGAUUAUGCACGAUGAUGUCGUGGAGCUGAUUCCCGGUGAAUAUUUUAUGAAGUAUGUCAAUAUGAGCGAUGAGCGUAAAAGUUCCACAUCAGUCGAGUCACAUGACUUAAAGAAAGGGAAGAGGCAUAGCGAGGAAGAUAGUGUAGCUGCGAAGAGAAAUCGACAAGUUAUGGAAGAUGAGGCUUUGGCAAGAACAUUGCAGGAAAGCUUUGCAGAAGAGAGUACAUCUGUUACUGAAGUAUUAAGUUCACUUGAUAGUGCUGGUUCUUCCGAGAGAAACAAAGAGAGAACACAUUCUGUCGGUCCUUUGAAAGAUACACUUCCGUUGACUUUUCGACUCAUGCGUGUCCAAGGUCUUCCGUCAUGGACUAACACUUCAACAGUUACCAUUCAGGAUGUCAUACAGGGUGAAGUGCUUCUUGCUGUACUCUCAAAUUAUAUGGUGGACAUGGAUUGGUUGCUUACUGCAUGUCCAAGUCUAAGGAAAGUUCCACAUGUCCUAGUUCUGCAUGGAGAAGAUGGUGCUUCAUUGGAGCGCUUGAAGAAAACGAAGCCUGCAAAUUGGAUCCUUCACAAGCCCCCGCUCCCAAUAUCAUUUGGAACACAUCAUUCGAAGGCCAUGCUGCUUGUAUAUCCUCAAGGGAUUCGUGUUGUUGUUCACACUGCAAAUUUGAUACAUGUUGACUGGAACAACAAAAGUCAGGGACUAUGGACACAAGAUUUUCCCUGGAAGGAAGCAAAUGAUAUGAGUACAAAUAUUGGUUUUGAGAAUGACCUGGUUGAUUAUCUCAGGGCACUUAAGUGGCCCGAGUUCAGGGUAAAUCUCCCAGUUGCUGGUGAUGUCAACAUCAAUGCAGCCUUCUUUCGGAAAUUUGAUUAUAGUAGCUCAACGGUCAGGUUGAUCGGAUCUGUUCCUGGUUAUCAUGUCGGCCCCAAUAUGAAAAAGUGGGGCCAUAUGAAGCUCAGGAGUGUUCUUGAAGAGUGCGUAUUUGAAAAGCAGUUUUGCAAGUCACCACUUAUUUAUCAGUUUUCGUCCUUGGGGUCACUUGAUGAGAAAUGGAUGACUGAGUUUGCAUGUUCGUUAUCAGCUGGUAAAGCAGAUGAUGGAUCACAGUUGGGUAUCGGGAAACCACUGAUUGUAUGGCCAACAGUGGAGGAUGUUAGGUGCUCAAUAGAGGGCUAUGCAGCUGGCAGUUGCAUUCCAAGUCCUCAAAAGAAUGUUGAGAAAGAUUUCUUGCGAAAAUAUUGGUCCAGGUGGAAAGCAGACCACGUAGGCCGUUGCCGUGCUAUGCCGCACAUAAAAACUUUUACUCGCUACAAUGGUCAAAAUAUUGCAUGGUUUCUGCUUACCUCAUCAAAUUUAAGCAAAGCUGCUUGGGGAGCACUGCAGAAGAACAAUACACAGCUGAUGAUACGAUCAUAUGAGUUAGGUGUAUUGUUCUUGCCCAAAACUCUCCAGUCUGUUCCACAAUUUUCAUGCACAGACAAGAGCCGCUCAAACCUGGAUAAACUUGCCCUUGGUAAGAACAUCAAGACCAAGCUGGUGACACUUUGCUGGAAAGGCGAUGAAGGGAAGGAUCCAUCUGCAGAAGCUGUGAGAUUGCCAGUGCCGUAUCAACUCCCUCCACAACUCUACGGCCCGGAAGAUGUCCCAUGGUCUUGGGAUCGGAGGUACACGAAGAAGGAUGUGUAUGGCUCAGUCUGGCCACGCCAUGGCUAGCUUAGCUAAGCUGCGUGCCGAUGAUUGUCAAGCGCGUUCAGGUCCACACGAACCUGGAGUAUGUUGAUUGAUCGUUGGUGGAAUCAUCGGUUGAUAGGACCUGAUUGCUUGUGCACCCUGUUUCUAAGGCCUCUUGCUCCCGGCCAACUGUGGUAGAAACCGGAAGCAACGGAACGAACAUUUGUUUGACAGAAUUAUUUGAAACGUCGGAUAUUUUCAGCUUACUGGAACGUGCGCAGAAGUUAUUUGCGGCUUUGCUGAUAUGAUGUUUAUACACCGUCUUUGUAUC